AAGAGGAACACGCACUUUCCUUCCUUCAUUCAUUCAAACAUUAGCUCUAGAUACAAGUUUAUAUAAAAAUCUGAAUUUAUCAGUAGAUUCGCCGAUUAAAACCUAAUUUUAAACAUCAUUUAUAGAAAACAGAUAAAACAAUGGUGCGAUCGGCAAAUCUGUGCCCUGGAAUGGCUGUUUUGAUAACUGCGUCACACCUGUGGAUUCUGUCCUCUGCCUUCCUCCUGGAGUUUACUUCCACAGACCAGAAAAACAUCACAGCUAAGUCUGGACAAGACGUCACUCUGACAUGUCGAGCUCCAGACAACAAGGAUCCUCAUGUACAGUGGAGUAGAGCUGAUCUCAAGGAAGAUAAACUUGUUUUUGUGUAUCGGAAUAAGAUGCCCGAUCCAGAAAACCAGCAUCCAUCUUUUAAGAACCGGGUGGAUCUGCAGGACAGACAGAUGAAGGAUGGAGACGUGUCUCUGAUUCUGAAGAAUGUGACGACUAAUGACACUGGAACGUACAAUUGUCGUGUCCAGAGAGAGACAGAGAGUAUGAAGCUCAUCAACAGCACCUAUCUUCAUGUUGUUCCUCCAGGUCAGACAGGAGGACACACAGAGGAUGGAGGGAAGGAGGAUGGAGGGAAGGAGGAUGGAGUCUCUAGAGGAUGUCCUGGUCUGGUAGCUGGUCUCUCAGUCUUUGUUGCCAGAUAUGCAGUAAAAGACAAACCCCACAGAGAACGAGUCACGAGUCUCAGUUCUUCAGGUACAAUCACAUAUGAUCAGGGAACUGAGUGACAGCCUGCAGAGGAAACUGCCAGCAGAUGAGUGCAAAGCGCCCUCAUCUAACAUGUCACAAAUAUUGUUGGUAAGUGUCAUAGUGGCUUUGACACAAAGUGGCUUAAUAUUCAAGAUGGUUUGAUGCUACAUAUACAUAAGACUAACUAACUAAAUAGCUUAUCCCACAUAACCUCUCCACUCUGCUAUUUUAAAUUUGUUUUAUGUCUUAUGCUUUUAUGUUGCUUUUAUUAUUCUACCUUGUACAGUGUCCUUAAGUGUUCUGAAAGGCAUUUUCAAAUAAAAUGUAUUAUUAUUAUUAUUAUUAACUCUGCACAAAACUAACUCGUGAAACUCAGCUUUACUUUAUCUCUGUACUUUUUGUUUCAUGAUUUCAAGAAAAAUUCUAAAUUAAGGAAAUAUUGUAAUAAAAAUUGGAAUGUGACUGUUGGAGCUGUGUGACCUCUGUGAGCUUCCUGAUUCAGAUUGUGGUGGAGAUGUAAAAGACUACAGGACAGCUUCAGAUCAUAAACUUCUUUAAGAAGUCGUCCUUUUUGUUUGCUCUGCUGUCUGAUAGAGACGUAUCCACACAGGCCAAGCAGAGCCAAUCAGCUUUCACUUUAGAUUUUAGUCACACUGUUGAUCACAAGAUAUUGUUCAUGUUACUCAGAGUGUAUCUUACCUUUGGCACAGCUGGAGCUUCUGCCAGCCACCACAGGUGAUCAGGGCACUGAGAUGAAACACUCUGGCUCUGAGGUUUCCUACUUACACUUUUCUGGAUUUUACACAACUGAAUUCACCAUCAUACACACAGAUGUUUACAGAUGAUGUCAUUGCUGAUUUUUCACAACUAGUUGGUGUAAAAUUAGCCUCUGAGGAGUGAAACUAAACAGCAUCAUACAGUUAAUAUAAACUGGCAGCAGCUACAUUUCACAGUGGUUUAAAAAUACAACCUAACAUAAUGCAUCACUGUGAACUUCACCACAGUUCUGCACUAAACUGUAGAAACCUGCUGACUGGUUUCACCUUUUCAUAACACACAAAGAUUAUAACUCAGUUUGUGUUUCCAGAUGUUCAACAAUAUGAAAUAACCAAAUCAUUUAUACAGCAGAUCUUACUGAGCAGUUAAUAUCUCAUUUUUCUCCUGUCCUCACUUUUUUACACCACAUACAUCAAGUCAGAUAAAUCCAUAUCACAGUGACAUCUUGUGUUGCUGGUAACUAUGUUACCUUUGUCAUUUUCCAUAGAUUGAACUAAAGAAAUGAGAACAAAUUAUGUUUUUGAAGGACUUUGUGAUGAUAUAGAGUUGAAAGUUGUGCUGUUUUGAGCAGCUGUGGCUCAGGAGAUAGAGCAGGUCGUCUUCUAGUGGACAGGUUGGUGGUUUGUCUUAGCUCCUGUAGUCUGAAAGGCCAAGCAUGCAUUCAUCUGAGUGUGAGGGUGUGUAUGUCACCUUAAAGGCACUUAGAGAAAGUCACAUGUGAAUAAGGCUUGUAGUAAGAAAGUGUUAAAUUAGAAAAUGGCAACGUAAGUACUGAUCCAUGUAACACUUGAGUUUUUGCAGUUAGUGAAAGAAACAAAACACCAACAAACACAAUAAGUGACAAACAAGGAGGCACCAGCCCACUGAAAUCACCGUUAUGUCCUGUAGUCUCAGUGUAGACAUUAUCAGGGUGAGACAGUACUGCCACAGUGAGGUCAAACUGGAGCAUUGCUGGUAAUAAUUCUCCACCUAAAAACUGUUGGAACGAAGACCUCCUCACACUUUUAACCAAAGCUGGCAAAAGUACAGAAUGUCUGUACUUUUACUUUUACAACUGUUAAAAAUAAUCAAGGCAAGAUCUGAAAACUGCUGCUCACAAACGCUGUCCAUCUAAUCUGACUGAG